UAUAAUACGUAAAUAUGUACAUUCGUGUAUAAUACGUUAGGAUUUUAUAAAAUACAACUUACUAUGCAUAUCAAACGUUCAACUACGGAUACAGAUACGUACGCAUUUUAAAUGUUUUCUAUUUUUAAAAUAGGUGUUAUUGAUUGAUAGUCAUCGGUUCCUGAACCACGGAUUUCGGCGCCAGCACCGGUUCCGUACCUGUAAUGUGUCCAGACAUGUGAAGUGAGCAAGAAGGUGAGUAAAAGGAUCUGGGGCUAACUGGCUGGGUACUAUUUGGAGCAAGUGGCCGGUGGAGCACAACAAAUACCUUUACAAGUAGAAUCGGCUUCUUCUUCUCUUCUAAACUGAGCAUUUUUCUUAGUUGAUCGCCAUGGCAACGGAGCUUUGUGUCAAGGCAGCUGCUGGCGCUCCUGAUGAUCUCGGAGACUGCCCAUUUUGUCAGCGAGUAGCUCUCACCCUGGAGGAAAAGAAGAUCCCUUACCAGACUCGUCUAAUCAACACUAGCGACAAGCCCCAAUGGUUCUUGGAGGUAAAUCCAGAAGGGAAGGUUCCAUUGAUCAAAUGGGAUGGAAAAUGGAUUGCUGAUUCUGAUGUGAUUGUUGGGAUUAUUGAGGAGAAAUACCCAGAUCCACCUCUCGUAGUCCCCUCGGAAUUUGCCUCCGUUGGCUCUAAGAUAUUCCCUUCUUUUGUUGCUUUUUUGAAAAGCAAGGAUCCAAAUGAUGGUACAGAGUAGGCGCUGGUUGAAGAACUGAAGAAACUUGAUGAACACCUUAGCAUUCAUGGACCUUUCAUCAAUGGAAAGAAUAUAUCUUCUGUUGAUUUGAGUUUGGCGCCAAAGCUGUACCACCUUCAGGUUGCUCUUGGGCAUUACAAGAAAUGGAGUGUGCCGGAGGACUUGGAUCAUGUGCAUAAUUACAUGAAGGCAGGAGGCCCGCACGGCCGAGUUCUGCAAAGUAAGCAGCGUCAACGACCGGCCAGCCUAUAGCCCCUCCAUAAAUUGUUGCGCCACUU